AUGCCCCACCAAACGAUACGGGAGUCUACACUUUUCGGCAAACAAGCUCCGGAUCCAAAAGGCUGGCUCACUUCGACGAGUCUCAAGACGCUUUUGUUCACCUCUUACUUCAAGGGCCUGCGCAUCCUGAUAUUUGGGGCCACCUUGAUCAUUGUCACGGUUGCCGUUCACGAGUGGGUGACCAAGGACGAAGGAUUUUCCAAGAUCGUCGAGCACAACAUUGGGCCCGAGUUCACAGCGCAAAAGAUCCUCCAGAUGCUCCAGCAGCCAAGAAAUGAGGUCCCUAGACGGCCCGAAGUACGUUUUCCGCGUGCCCCUGAUCCUGCCGUGCAGGACGAGCUGGACGAGCUGGACGAAGGAGUCGACGAGAACGACGAAGCCGAACGGCUUGCUCGCGUCGAGUUACUCAGACAGCUCCGUAUCGACCGAGCCAGAAACCAUAGGGAGGAGCAGCGCAUCCAGCAAAUGCAAGAGUGGCAGGAGGAGCAGCGCAGACAGCAGCUCGGAGGCGGCGAGAACGUUUUUGUAGAAUUCUCGCUUACUCCGCUGUUUCUCAUCAAGGUGGCAUGGUUCCUCGAGCUCAUGGUCAUUGUGGUGCUGGGUGUGUUUUACUUCCUUCCGUCGUUGCUGGGAAUGAUCUCUCUUACCCUGCUCCACUCCGUUGUUGCGCUGUCCUACAGGCUGGCGUUGCACAUAGCCCAAAUGGCUGGCAUCAAAUUUACAUUUCAGUACAGCAUUUCUCUCACCUAUUUGCCUUCCGUUGACUUCUCAUCGCUUCAGCAUGUCUAUUUUAAUAUCGUCAACUGGACUCCCGAAGCAGAAUUGCUCGAGAGGACGCUGGUUUUGGCUGCGGGCUAUUUCACGAUUGGUUCCAUAAUCGCCGCGGUCAUGCGCCUGCUUGAAUCCGGAUGCUCCCCUGUGAACCCUCUUUCCCGUGGAUACCGGGCCAUCUAUAUCGCGCUACUAGAAGUGGUUUGCACUUUGAAGGUGCUCUCCAUUUUCUGCAUUGAGCUGCUGAUCUUCCCUUUCUUCUGUGGAUUGCAACUGGACUUUGUGCUCGCUCCCAUCCUGACAGAGAACAGCUUCUUCGCCAUGUUCGACCUCAAUUCGCCAUACAAGAGCGCCGUUCUUGUUCUUGGCCUUGGAACGUAUUUCAUGUACGUGUUUGCGUCCUUUGUCAGCAUGGCACGCAGCGAUAUCCUCAGGAAGGGCGUUCUGUUUUUCAUCCGGUCUCCUGACGACCCAAACGUCCGGCUCAUCCACGACGCCUUGAUGAAGCCGUUUGGGUUGCAGAUCUCCAGAAUCGCGCUUUCGGGGCUCGUUUAUACAAUCUAUAUUGCCGUGGAGUUUGCGGCAGUCACCUGGGGACUCAAGUACCUUGCUCCUUACAAGCUGUUCCCUAUUCGAUACACAAUUUCCGGACUUUGGUCGAUCGUCCCUCCUUUGGUCAGGUCCAUCGCGAUGCAACCGUCGUUUGCAAGACUUUUCCUCGCAUACUGGCAAAUGGCGUUCAGACAGGCGUGCUCGCUGCUAAGACUUUCGUCGUUCAUUUUGGGAGCUGAUGUGCCCGAGGAACGCGGCCGCGUCGUGUACAGGUCUAUGUUGUACCGUUUCCUGGGCCACAAGCCGGACUAUAAUUCGCCAGUUCCGGAAAUGGAGACCGCAGCGUACUUCCAAGAACACCCAGAAGCAACCUGCUGCUUUGUCCCUGACGGAACCUUCGUUCGUGCCCCUGACGACGACAACGUCUCUCGUUCCUUCAUCAGAAAACUUUUUGUUCCCGUGACCAAAAAUGACGUGCCGUUAGCCCCCAUUCCCGAGGACGAGGAUGGGACUGAGGCGAAAAACUACCCCUACGGAGACGAGGAGCUGGUUUCAAUCACCUCGUAUACAAUCGUCUACCGGCCUCCUAACUUCAAGCCGCGUAUCUUUAUACUUUUGGGCUGUUUGUGGGCGUACUCAUUGCUGCUCGGAGCUCUGGUUUUUGGAGCAACUCUGUUGUCUGCCAAGCUGGUUUUGAUGCCGGUGAAGGACACCAUACUUCAUAAGUUACUGUUCCAUCACGACGCAGAAACUCUGGACGCAAACGAGCUCUUUGUUGGCUUUGUCGCAUUGGCUGCAGCAGUGCGCUGCUUCGUCUACUUUGUUGACUACAAGGCCAGCGAAGAGCAGCAGAGUCUUGUCACCUACAUGAAAAAAGGACUUCAUUCCGUUGUCCGAUUCGUGCGCUUCCACGUGCUCCCGACCUCCAGAAAGUUUGCUGCUCUUGCCCUGACACCUUCCGUGUGCACGCUGGCGACGGUGUUGCCAGCUGUCGCCUGUGCUACGGCCCUGUCAACGUUUCGGUCACGUGUCUUCGAAAUCGGACCUCUGUGCGCUGCUUGGAUGUCCGAGAAGACACCUGUGUACAGCGUGUCUCUCUUUUUGGCCUCUGUGGUCCAUGCCUACACUUGUGCUGGAGGUGCGCUCGUCCAGACGUGGCACGAGUUCAUGUUCAGGAGUCCUGGCUAUUUCAGCGUGCUUGCUGUGCAGCUGCUGGCCGUUCUGGCGUACUAUAUGCUGGUAUACAGUUUCUGGGGCAACAGGAACGUGCUGGAGUCAUUGGAGCUGGUUUACAAAGUCAUCUACACGCCAGGCUACGAGCCGGUGGAGGCGUGGACCAUUGUGUACUUCACGUGGCUUCCAUGGAGUCUUUACACCUGGAGCAGGAUUAUAGGAGACUUCUGGAACUGGCUGAUCAUCACAGCAAAAAAUCAGCACUACGGGAAAAAGGUGUUCUUGACCAAUAAUGAUGAGGAGGACCUCGAUUAA